UCCAUGCCGUCUUCCCCAGGUAUCGUAAUCUCACAGUUUUGUUGUUAAGUGAUUUGUUUACACUUUAAUGUGCAAAACUUACAUUAAAUAAACUGAAUGUUUUCGUAUAUCUAUUUUUACACAGCUGAUAACGCACCAUAUUCUUUCAGGAAGUAUAAAGUCUUAUCGUGAUCCAUAAAUGCCACAAAAAAUAAAAUAAUAAAAAAAAUCUUUCCGAUAUGGAGCAGGAUAUCCCUGAAAUUAUUUUACGAUCGGCUUAUCAUAGUGUUUAAAAGUUUUAUUGCUCUGAUUGUGUGAAAAUAAGACGAAAGCACUGCCAACAAAGCAAACCUGGUUGUUCCGCAACUACUGUUUCGUCUUUCAUUCAGACGUUGUCAGUUUACCAUUUCACAUGACAGUGUUUCCCUAAAGACGCUUGUCGGCAGCCUCGGUGACGCGCGUUUGUGGUUGUAAUUUCAAUAUUAUGAAUGAGUUUUUGACUGUUCUUUACUUCCCUUCGAUCCUUCCGUGGAUUUCACACAGAGGUGGUGUAGAUAGAGCCUGGAAAUUUCCAGCGUGUUUAAAGACGCACUGUAAGAAAAGCCAGGUUUAGAGCUGGAUGUUGACUAUAUUACUCAUUAACACAGAGCAUCCAUCAGUGUGACGACUGGAUUUCACUACUGUAUUGUUAUUACUUUGUUCUUACGAAUUACAUUCCGUUCAGCAACGCUUUUUAUUAAUAUAGUACAUUUUAAUAUUUGAUUACUUUGAUUAAUGCAAGUAUUAGUGUUUGAUUUGCUUAGCAAACAGUAUAUUAUGCCUUAUAUUGAAAAUAAGACUAAUAUGAUCAGAACUAAUCACGGCUGAUUGAGCUACUCUGGUGUUACUGACAUUUUUGUCAGUAACACCACCUUAUGACGUGAAGGAGUAUGGGGCAAAUAUUUUACUAAAUGUUGUAAAAAAUGACUCGAAAAAACAUGUUUUUGUAAGAUUUAGAGCUAAAUGUGGGAAAAUGUUGCCGUUAAUUUCGGCAUGUUUCAGUUUACAAACGGCGCCCCAUAAUAUGCCCAUAAAGGAGAACUUAAAAAUAAUAUGAUCGCUGGCUUUGAUCUGUCGUUUUUGUUCUCUAUUGUUGACAAAGACAAAGAGCAGUAAUUUUUAUAUAACGCUUAUAUAGAUUCAAGGACUCAUUGCACACAUUGGAAGGUCAUUAGCAUCACCUUGUCAUGCAUCCACGUGAGUACAGUCAGAAGAAAACUCAUGAAAAACUAAUCUAUGAAAUAUGAGACACUUGGCUUAAAAUUAAAGUGGCAUUCGGCAGGUGGGGGUUCCCUAAGAGUCUCAAGUCGAAGUGUCUCAAGCGUGGGCAAAAAAUGAUUAUGGUUCACAGUAAUUUCUAUUGUGUGUAACUGUUUCCUCCAUUAAUCCUCAAAUUAGUUGAUAUUUGAAGGUGCACAUUGCAGUGCAAUAAUAUCUUCCCUCAGAAGCGUUAAAGCAGUAAAGCAACGAGCCUGUUUUGUAAAUGUAUGGAGCAGAAAGUACAGAUACUUGUGUAAAAAUGUAGGGAAUAAAAGUAAAAAGUUGUCACAAAAAUACAUAGUCAACUAAAGUACAGAUACCUGAAAAUUUGACUUACCAUCUCGGCUAACUACACAUUUAAGAUACACUUCACCUUAUCUAAGAAGCCAACCCAAAAGAAUUUCUGCUGGGAUAAACAAAGGUCUCCUUAUCUUAUCUUAUCUUAUCUUAUCUUAUCUUAUCUUAUCUUAUCUUAUCUUCAACAUCUUUUAUCAUAACAUACUUGUUAAGUCUAUGGCUCAUGCACCCAUGCUUUCAGUUCAUGUGCAAACUAAAAUAACUGAGUAACUAAUAAUUAAUUAAUAGCUGUUGCUUUAAUAAUAAUAUACAGCUGAAAAGCCCUCAAGGUAUCAGCAAAUCUAAUGUAAGCAUUUAAUUUUAUCUCUAUACAGGCUACAGUUUGGAAGCUUGCUUGCUCUGCUAUCCUUCUGUAAUGGUUAAUCCACCAGUAUGCACAAGCUCUUUAAUUGAAAUGAUUUUUUAUUGAUAAAAUAUAAUUAUUAUUGUUAUGCUUGAUUUUUCAAAUUUUCUGUUUAUAAAGAAACAGAAAAAAUAAUAGUAGCCCGUGCUCAAUGAGAUGUGGAUAUAAACAUCUUCAAAUUAAAGCUGAAUCACAUACCAGCAGUGCACUGGCAUGUGACUUAACACAACAUAAAUGUGCCACUGUGCUAAUCCCUCCUGACUGCACUGUGUAAACUGACCAUCUUCAGGUCUGCCAGUAUUGUAAUGCCAGAGACAGAUGACAUAAUACAAAGUGACUGCACAUUGGUAAAUCCAAUUUAGGAACCAGAAACACUCAACCUUAAUAACUGGUCUACAAGCAGUUUGUUACCGUCACUUCAUGUUUGAGUGCUCAGGGAGACUUCCCCUCUGUGUCGCAGCAUGGCAGCUGUGCACACUCAGCAUUCCUCUCAAUGAACUUUAACUCGUCUGACACAUUUAUGUAUGUGUGAGUGUCAUGUGCCUAUACUUAGCAAUAAAACCAAGUUGCUCUUGUAGUUCGUCCUUACAUUUACAUGCUAUGCUUUUAUGCGAUCUCACAUGGAAGUAGGAGUUUUAAAUGAAAAGUAAAAUGCAUCCUUGGUGUUAAAACCACCAGAGAAGAAGGCCGAACCCCGACAUUUGCAGCUGGGUAUGUAAUUGUUGACUGAAAUCAGAGUCUACUCACAUACUGCUCAUUAUAUUUAAACUGCACCCCAGAUUCACCUCUGGUAAAUCAGCCAGCAGUAAUAGGAAGUAAUCUCCAGUUUAGGAUCAGCGGGCGAGCUUGGUUAUGAUCAGCAUUUAGGAAGUUCCUGCUGGGUGGGAGGGCCUAGUCAGGUAAGCUGCCAUGGUGUUAAGAGAGUGCACACACAAGAAGAAUUGUUUGCUCUUCCCUUCAGCUGUUGAGAGUCACAGAAGCCUGAAGGAAGAGGGAAGACUUUCACUGGGAGCGACAUGAAUUCUGAGGAUGAAGUUUCUCACGAGUGGGCAGACAGCCUCGACAAGGCCAGGGUCAAUGAUUGCACCCCAACAGGGAAAGAGAGAAACAGCUUGCGAGAAUACGCGUACUGCCUGCCUCUGGGAGAUGGUGAUGACACCUUGGAGCCAUCAGCCAUCGACACCGCGCGUCUCUUUCCGCUCAUGGAGACCAGGCUGUACAAACGGCGUUGGGUGAUGCUCUUCAUCUUUAGUGCCUACUCCAUGAGCAACGCCUUCAUGUGGCUGCAGUACGGCAUCAUCAGCAACAUCUUCAUGCGCUUCUACAGCAUCGGCACCCUGGCCAUUGACUGGCUCUCCAUGAUCUACUUUCUCACCUACAUCCCUCUCAUCCUACCCGUCACGUGGCUCCUCGACAAUCGGGGCAUCAGAGAUGUUGCGGUGGUGGGGUCCGCCUACAACUGCAUCGGGGCCUGGAUCAAGACGGGCUCGGCGGACCCCAGCAUGUUUGCUUUGACCUUCUUUGGACAGUUCAUGUGCUCGGUGGCCACGGUUUAUAUCCUGGGCAUCCCUUCCAGACUUGCAUCUCUGUGGUUCGGGCAGCAGGAAGUGUCCACCGCCUGUUCCAUUGGGGUUCUGGGAAACCAGUUGGGUAUUGCCAUUGGGUUCCUGGUUCCACCCAUCCUCGUGCCUAACGUGGAUGACAUGGACGAGCUGGCACAUCAUAUCAGUAUCAUGUUCUACAUUAGCGCAGGCGUGGCCACCGCCAUCUUUGUCCUUGUGGUCAUCGUGUUUCAGGAGAAACCUGAGAUCCCACCCAGCCAGGCCCAGGCACAGGCCAGGAACAUGCAGCCCGACGAGUACUCCUACACAGCCUCCAUCUUUAGUCUGCUGCGCAACAAGCCCUUCAUGCUCCUGGUGAUCAGCUAUGGCUUGAACGUUGGCUGCUUCUAUGCUAUUUCCACACUGUUGAACCGGAUGAUCAUUGAACACUAUCCUGGUGAAGAGGUGAAUGCUGGGAGAAUUGGUCUGACCAUUGUCAUUGCUGGCAUGGCGGGCUCCCUCAUAUGUGGCGUAUGGCUGGACAAGACCAAAACCUACAAACAGACCACCUUGGCUGUGUAUAUCCUUUCUCUAAUUGGGAUGCUGGUCUACGCCUUCACCCUCAACUUGGGUCACCUGUGGGUGGUGUUCGUUACAGCUGGAGUUUUAGGUUUCUUUAUGACAGGAUACCUGCCUCUGGGUUUCGAGUAUGCAGUAGAGCUCACCUACCCAGAAUCGGAGGGGACCUCGUCCGGACUGCUUAACUGUUCAGCUCAGAUCUUUGGAAUCAUUUUCACCAUAGCUCAGGGAAAGAUCAUGGAUAAAUGGGGAACUUUAGCCGGAAACAUAUUCUUGUGCAUCUUUCUGCUAAUAGGAACAGUGCUGACAGGAUUUAUCAAAUCCGACCUCCGACGGCAGAAGGCCAACCAACAGGUUGAGGUGCAGACAGUGAGUCCUGCAGGCUCCCUGUCAUCGGUGCAGGACUACGGGGCCACGUCGUGCGGCAGCCCCUGGCAACGGCAGUCUUGACAUAAACCCACAAGCUCACAAACACCAAAACACACACCUGCCAAGGUAGGGCACACUACAGUGAAACGAAGUGAUACAAACCACUGUGUGUUUGAGUUUGCAAAAAUAGGGGUUUAAUGAUUAUGUACAUGAUCAUGUUUGCAUUUACUUGAAGGUGUAACGGGUUGAACUGCAGCGUAUUGUACUCGACUGCACAAUCAGCCCUUUAAAUCGCACAAACAGAUUCUGUGUUAUUGUGGAGUUAAACGUUUAUCUGGUGAUUUCAACUCAUCUGAAGCUCAUUGUGAAAAGAAACAUGAUGAGGUGUACUGAAUGUGAAGAGAUGUUUGUUGCUGAUGUAAUAUUGAUGUGGAACUCUGCUUCCACUUGUCUUAUCACUCAUGUCUGUCCUUUGCAGACAAUUACUGCUGAUCUGGAAAGAGGAAUCUCUCCACCUGAAGUCUUGAAAGAGGGGAGGUUGUGAGGAAGACAGAUAUUUCUCUGUCCAAGAUAUCAGAAUAUCACCGUGUACAGAUUAAAAACAAAUAAGACACAUUAAAAAAAACAACAAAAACUGACACAUCGACACGCACAAUCAUGCACAAACGACUGAGGAGCUGAAAACUGUGAACUGUAAGUACAUGAAGGCUAAAUCACAGAGAACAGUGUUGCUUUAUGGAGUUCUGUUUGGACUCUGUGAUGCAGAAAUCCACACUGGUAUUACAUCCCAAACCACCAUGGGGGAAUGCACUUUCAAGGUUUUUACAUCAUGAAAUGAUGGCAUUUUACAUGUCUUGUUAAGUGCAAUGUAUCUGCCACUUUAGUGACUCCAACCUUCAAUCUAACUGAAUUACUUUCCUAGUUUUUCUUCUGACCGGUGUUAAUGUAGUGUUUUAUGCGUUCGACUGGCAAUAUUUAAAGUUUUCAAAUAUGGGACCAAUAUUGUGUGUAAUCUAAUUCCGUCUUUACAUUGAUGAAGGUGUCUCGUGUUAAUGUUCUGUGUUUAGAAUAUGUGUGUUCAAUGCAGAUUAAGGACUGCGACGUGUUUACCUGUCAGGCAGCCAAGUCACCUUUUGCCUAAUCGAGGCUUUCGUAUCUGUCGCCUGCCGUUCAGGACAACAGUAUUACUUGUGAAUACUUCUGAUUCUCAAUACAAUUGAUGCCGUGCAUCUGAGUUCGCUUUGGGGGGGUGUCAAUAUUGGCCCCAGUUUACUGUGACUGACCUCUUCAAAAAGACACAACAGGCGAGAACGUCUGGAACGUAAAGGAUGUCAGCACAGCGGAAAAUAAGAACAACACAAUGGGAGAUUGAGACUAAUCAGAUCUACUGCCCUUGUCACUUUGCACACUUUUUAUGUGUACUUUUUACUUUUGGUACUGUAGAAUUAUACAAACAGGCGACAAAUCGAAGGAAAAUCCAUCAGAAAUAUGUCUUAGGUGUUGGGCCAGCAUAUGCCAGAGUCGGUGUAAUGCAGCAUAGUUCUUGUGGAAAAUAUUACCUAAUUUUGUGUGAAUAAUUGUAGUGGCAAGCAAACAUGACAUGGCCAAAAUCUCCUCUUUAUGUUCAAUGUGGUUAAAUUCUGGUGACUUUAAAGGCUUAACACAUCUUAUUUUCAUAGUCAUUGAGUGUCCCAAGUGUCCAACAGAUGUGGCCUUAUCUGAGGACCACUUUGCACAGUUGUGCACCGAUCCUGAGUGGACCUAAACAGUGCCAAUCAAAUGCCUUCCACAGUCUGUUAGAGCCCAGGGUCAAGGGCUCAGUGGUUUUAGUGUUUUCCUUCAUUUUGUUGCCUGUUUGUAUUUUAUGCUGUGUAACUAGUAUUUGUACAAAGUUUUACUUCAGGUAUUUUUGGGAAGUUGUCUCGAAAUGUUGGUAUUUCAUUAGGACUUUUAUGUGUCUGUGAGAGGUUCUAGUUAUUCUUAGGCACUUUAAAGUGGAAAAAAUGAAACUGCAAUACACACUAUGGGAUUUUGAACACUGUACCAAAAACAGAAACUAAAUUAAGAACAAAUCUAUAUAUUUAUAGAUAAAUAAGCCCUAGCUAAAUGUGUCUAUGUAUUUUUCUAUUUCCCCACAAUGUAGCCAUGUUUAAAUCAGGAGAUUUAUGCUUUCUUUAACCCAAAUAUGAGAACAGAGCAAAACAGGGAUUUCAGUCUUUAGCACAAAUCGUGCAAAAACACAAUUACACCUUGAAAGACACUUCAAACAAAGGAUUACAAGACUUCAAAAUACAAUUGCCACACUUAUUACAUUAAUAACAAACAUCAAAAAUCAAGAUAUUUUUUAAAAAUUAAGUUUUAUACAAAGUUAUUUGUGCAUUCCCAGGGUGUACAAAUCUUUCACAGCACACAACAAACAUCAAACCAACCUCUGCUGUAUGAUUUUUCUAAUGAGGUGCGUGGUUUUCUACUGCGUAGCCUUCCGAGAUCUUUGGUACAUCUGGGCUUUCUUUGAUUGAAAGACUAGAAAACUGUACUUUCUCUGCUCUGGUGCAAUAAAACAAUCAUGGUGAAGAGAAAA